AUGUUACGCAUUCUGCUCCUCCGGUUUUGUCCCGCCACUAAACCGACUAAGGCCAUCGUCCCGACCUCCGAUCCAGAAACCGUGUUCGACAUCAAAUACUUCUCUCGUGGUCAGCGCUGUAACCGCCCGCCCAUCCGCCACACCAUGCUGAAGAAAGAUGACACUGUUAAAGCGAUGAAAGAGAAGUCGUUUGAUGUUGCUGAUUUAACUAUGGCUUAUUUGACAACUACAGUUGAAGAAGACUACAAUGCUUGUGGCAGAGGUUAUUGCAAGUAA